GAUAUUACCGAUAUUUAAAAAGCAACUCUCAGUGGCAACGAAUUGCGUUCACGCGUCGUAUAAACAAUAACACUAUCAACACUACGGAAGCAGAAGCUACGCUAACAAUGGAAAAGGAUGAAUGCCUAUAAUUUCGAACCACCUCUCAAAGGAGAUUUUCAGGAAUUAAGUUAAGUACUUACACUUGCCAGCUUUCACUCAUAUCUAAUUAUCUUCAUUCUCAAAUAUUUUCGGAUCAUUGACAGUUCGACUGGAAAUUGCUAAGUCUGCAAGCUCGUUAGCCAAUGCUCUUGAACCUACGAAAGGACCUUCGAAAAGGAUCAUCGAUUUUUAACGAAAGGACCUUCGAAAAGGAUCAUCGAUUUUUAACGAUCCAAGCACUAUAAGGUUAGUUAGCAGACUCGCUUGUCUAGUUCGAAGUCUCGAAGAAAAUUCAACAUUCUGAUACUUCUAUCGGAGUCAUCGGUGACCCUGCAAGGACCCUCGGUAAUCAUUGCAAGGAUCAUGAGGAUCUUCGGUAAUACAGUUUAAAGGAGUUACUGGAAACAUGAAAGAGUUCGCCGGUAAUCCGAUCCUCCGAAGCGAGGGCUGCAUACCUAAUAUGGCGUUCACGAAGUCAUCAACUUCCGGUGUGCCAGGGACGCCGAAGAUAUUCCCGCUCUCUUACCUGAGCAAGCGAGAGCGGAAGAGGAAAGAACGGAACGGCGUUCGAGAGGACUCGUUUAGGGUAACGGGUAGCGAUAAAAUAAUGGUCGAAGCUUUUAAAGGAAAGGAGGAACGGGAGGCGGUGAGGUCGCGCGACGAAGUUUUCGAUAGCUAUUAUCAAUCGACGCGAUAGAAAAUCAGCGAUAACGCGACACGAGCCAACGAGAAGUCUACUUACGUGUUCGCGCGAGUGGGCAAUGCGGCUCAAGAUCAUCGGACGAGCCGUCAGUACUCUUUUCGAGAUCCCGGAGUCACGGAUCGGCCGUUUCCUCGCGCGAACCCGUUACCGAUCCGCUGGCCGAUCGCCGAGCGAACUUUGACAAGUCCGGACAGCGUUGGACAACAUCCGUGAAUCGGCCGGAGAGACCCGCGAAAGUUGGCCUUAUCGGAGGACGUCGAAGAACCAGCGAAGGAGAUAGAGACUCGAGGAAGACCACGGGAUCGUUAGCCGGCUUCGUCCGCGUCCUCGCGCGUCUAAGAAUAGUUGUCCAGCGGCGAAUCGAUCUUCCGACGAACGAUUUGCCCGCGUAUCGUGGCAGACGCGCGUUCGCCUCUGUUCCCGACGGGUUUCCGCUAUUCCUCGAGGACCGGGGAACAUGAACGGGAGUCGAGUGCGACUCGGUGACCGAUGCCGCGCCGACGGAGAAUCGAGAACGCGACGUGCAGGUAUCUGAAUCGGCGUCGAUUUCCUUCCAAGCAGAAGAGGAGGACUCGCGAGGGAAUACGCGCGGAUCCGUUCCCGUGUUCACGUCCGGUCGAGGGCUGCGAAGCGCGAGCGUAGCGCGUAUACAUGGGUACCAAUUGGAUCGUUCUGUUGACGUUCGGAUGGUUCGCUUGGUUCGCGUGCCCUGUCAGAGGAGAAGUGACCUGUCGCGAGGUGCAGCUGGCUCGCAGCUGCGAGACCCUCUGCAAGCGGAAUCGUUACGGCGUGGUCUCCUGCGAGCUGAGGAUCGCGGUCCUCCUCCCGGCGGAUCCGAGCUACGACAUCUCGUUGCCGAAGGUGCUGCCGGUUCUGGAUCUGGCUGUCCACGAGGCGAGAUCGCGAGGCCUGCUGCCGCCCUGGCUGAAGCUGAAGUCCCUCCCGCAGGAUGACCACUGCGACGCGACGUACGCUCAGAUCGGCGCGAUCGACAGCUUCUCGAACUGCGUCCACCUGUUCCUGGGGCCCGCCUGCGAUUAUUGCGUCGCGGCCGUCGGCAGGGUCGUCAAGUUCUUCGGCGCCCCGCUGAUCACCACCGGCGGCUUCACCUUCGACUUCACGGAGAAGAAAACCGAGUGCAAGGACGAGUACUUCAUGACGACGAGGAUCGGCAGCCUGGCGUUCAGGGAUCUCGCGAAUUUCUUCGUGGGCCUGAUGAAUCGAUACGAGUGGCGAAAGGUGCAUCUGGUUUACGCGACGAACGGGCAGAGCCGGGUCGCCGGCAGGCACACCUGUCAGCUGAUGAUGAAGUCCAUGGUAGAGUUCAUCAAGAAGCAGCCGAACUUCUUGUUCAGCACCUUUGAUCUCGAGACCACGGUGCCCAGAGAUUAUCCAGAGGCGUUGCGGGAUCACGUGGGCAACUGGUACGGCGUUGUGGUGAUGUGCGCCAACGCGACCACCAUCAGGGAGGUCCUGCUGGCCGCCGAGCAGCUGGGCAUGGUGGACUCCGGAGAGUACGUGUUCUUCUCCAUCGAGCUGUCCUCCAGCGACAACGACUCGCGGGAACCUUGGAGGGUCGAGGCGGACAGCGAGGAGAGGAACGAGAAAGCGCGGAAAGCUUAUCAGACGCUGUUAACGGUUACUCCCCGGACGCCGGACAACGUCGAGUACCUGAACUUCUCGCGGGAAGUGAAGUCCCUCGCGCAGAGCAAAUACAAUUUCACUUUCGGAAACAGCACGGUCUCGACGUUCGUCACGGCGUUUUACGACGCCGUCCUCCUCUACGCCCUCGCCCUGAAGGACAGCCUGCCGGAACACCCCGGCAAAGUCAAUUUAGACGGCGGUAAUCUCACCCGACGGAUGUGGGGAAGGAGCUUUAAAGGUAUCACGGGCGACGUGAACAUCGACGAGAACGGCGAUCGGAUAGCGGACUAUUCCCUGCUGAACAUGAACCCGGCGACGUCGAGGUUCGAGAUAGUCGCCAAUUUCUACGGUGCCAAUAAAACGUUCGAGUACGUCCCCGGGAAGAAGAUCCACUGGUCGGGAGGGCGCGAUGAACCACCCCCGGACACGCCCACUUGCGGGUUCGACGGUUCUCUGUGUCCUGAUAACUCUCUGCCGGUGCACGCGAUCCUCUCGAUGGUCCUGAGCUCGAUCGUGGUCGUCCUCGUGGUCGCUUCGGUCUUUAUUUACAGGCACUUCAAACUCGAGGCGGACAUAGCCUCCAUGACCUGGAAGAUACACUGGAACGACAUCAAGCUCGUGCCGAAAGCGAAAUCGAGGGGCUCGGUGUCCUCGUUCUUCGCGAACAAGAUACGCGGCAGUCAAUUGACGAUCUACUCGGUGGAGAACGCGAGCCUGCCGGACGAGCUGGACGCGAACCCGUACAUCACGACCGGCAUUUACAAGAACUCGAAGGUGGCCAUCAAGUUCAUUCCGAGGGACAAAGUGGAGAUCUCGCGGCCGCUGUUGCUCGAGCUGAAAAAGAUGAAGGACCUCCAGCACGACCACUUGGCGCGGUUUUACGGUGCCUGCGUCGACCCGCCGAACUGCUGCCUCUUGACCGAGUACUGUCCCAGGGGAUCCCUUCAGGACGUGCUGCUGGACGAACGGAUCAAGCUGGACCGCGUGUUCCAAGUGUCCCUGAUACACGACAUCGUCCGCGGUAUGAGCUACCUGCACGCGUCGGAGGUGAGGAGCCACGGCAACUUGAACUCGUACAACUGCGUGGUGGACUCGCGGUUCGUCCUGAAAAUCGCCGACUUCGGGCUGCACGAGCUGAGGAAGUGGUGCCCGAACAAAGCGGACCUCGGCAGGAACAACUCCGGCUAUUGGAGAAAACAGCUGUGGACGGCGCCGGAGUUGCUGAGGAUGGAGAGGCGACCACCGGAGGGUACUCAGAAGGGUGACGUCUACAGCUUCGCCGUGAUCGUCCAUCAGAUCGUGGUACGCCAGGGACCGUUCUACUUGGGCGACAAUUAUCGUCUCACCGAAUGGGAGAUCGUCGAGGGGGUGAAGAGAGGCGGCGGCUCUCCGCUGCGGCCCGCGAUCGACUCCUCCGUCGAGGAAGUGGUGUCCAAUCUGAUGAAGCGAUGCUGGGCGGAGGACGCCGCGGACAGGCCCGACUUCUCCGCGCUCAAGCAGACGAUCCGGAAAAUUAACAAGGACCACGAGAGCAACAACAUCAUGGACAACCUGCUGUCGCGGAUGACGCAGUACGCCACCAACCUGGAGGCCCUCGUCGCGGAGCGCACCGCGGACUACCUCGAGGAGAAGCGGAAGUGCGAGGAGCUGCUGUACCAACUGCUGCCGAGGUCCGUCGCGUCUCAGCUGAUCCUGGGCCAGAGCGUCAUCGCGGAGACCUACGACCAGGUCACCAUCUACUUCAGCGACAUCGUGGGCUUCACGAAGCUGUCCGCCGAGAGCACGCCGCUGCAGGUCGUGGACCUGCUCAACGAUCUGUACACGUGCUUCGACUCGAUCAUCGAGAACUUCGACGUGUACAAGGUGGAGACGAUAGGGGACGCUUACAUGGUGGUGUCGGGGCUGCCCGUGCGGAACGGGACCAAUCACGCCAGAGAGAUCGCCAGGAUGAGCCUGGCGCUGAGGGACACCGUGAUGACCUUCAGCAUUCGACACAGACCCAAGGAGCAGCUCAAGCUCAGAAUCGGGAUGCACUCGGGCCCGUGCGUGGCUGGAGUGAUCGGCCUGAAGAUGCCGAGAUACUGUCUGUUCGGGGACACGGUGAACACGGCUUCCAGAAUGGAGAGCAACGGAGAAGCUCUCAAGAUUCACGUCAGCCCGAAGACGAAGGAGAUCCUGGACACGUUCGGCACGUUCGAGCUGGUCUGCAGAGGGGAAGUCACCAUGAAGGGCAAAGGGAUCAUGACAACAUACUGGCUCACGGGCGAGAAGCCGAGCGACGGCACGACGUCGACGGUGGCCACGACGAUCGUCACCACGGUCCCGACCAGCAGCCCCAAAGUGACGGCGACGCUCGACCACCGCGAUCAGCCAAAAGCGUCGACGCCAGAGACGCGAACGGCCCAGCCGGAGCAACGGUCUCGCGCGAGUCAGGAGAAGCGAGAAGAGAAGAGCAUCGCUGACGACGUCGACGACGGCAACAGUGUCCAAGCGCGGGAGACCCCCUCCGACUCGCCGUCGCGAUCCGCUUCGAACCGGUCGACGAGCGUCGCGUCGCAGCCGCGGCUGCCGAACCACAGAGAGAGUCCGAACGCUCCCCUGCUCGUGCCCGCGACCUCCCGUCCACGAAUUUAAGCUUGCCCGAUCCCCCCUCCCGACACACGUACUCGUACCGUCGCGUAGAAUAGUCAGCGAGCUCGGAUCGGCGAGGCCGAUCGGAAAUUUGGGUCCACUCGUCCGAAAGGGUACCUUUCGCGAUGCACACAAGUAAACGAAUAAGUAACGACGAACGCGCCGCCGACCUUCGUUCGAAAACACUCUCCGAGGACCAGCGCUUUCCGUGCGGGAUUCGUUAGACGCUAAAGCACGCGAGACACGCCGCGCGCAUCCUGUUUCUAUGUUGAACGAGAUUGAAUUAUUAUUGUGAGUAUAUAUAUAUGAAGAGUUAAAGCUAAAUGUCGGUGUACAAGACGUCGCCCUGACGGCGAACAGAGGCUGGGCCUCGAGCGAAACCACCUAACGAACGGCCGGGCUUCGAAGCGGAAGCCGCGGAUCGGCCGCGCGCGGAACAUAGAAAGUAUAAGCACGUCGCGGCGCGACGCGAGACGCGAUGCCGUCGCAUCGCGCCCCUUAGCGAACAAAUUUCUCUCUAUUCGUGUCAAUCUCUUUUCAGAAUGUAACGAUCGAUA